AUUAAAUUUGAGGUAAUUAUAUCCCUAUUGUAAUUUGUAUACCCAUAGGAAUAAUAAACCCUUCUCCAAGAUAAAGCCCUUCUUCUCCAAAGUUCCAGUACCUUCUAGUUUCUCCAAAAUCUCUCCAAUAAAUUCUUCUGCUGCAAAACCAAACUCCAAAAUCCAAUUAGUAAAUCGAAAAUGGCUAAAGAGGGACCUAAUUGGGAUGGUUUAUUGAAGUGGAGUCUUUCUCAUGCUGAUGGCACCAAUCCUCCUUCUCGCAAUUUGAGUGAGGAGGACAGGAGGUGGUUCAUGGAGGCUAUGCAAGCUCAAACUGUUGAUGUAAUAAAGAGAAUGAAGGAGAUUACACUUGUCAUGCAAACACCAGAUCAGGUCUUGGAAUCACAGGGGGUGACUUCCCAAGAUAUUGAAGAUAUGCUGGAUGAGCUACAAGAACACGUCGAAUCGAUUGACAUGGCUAAUGAUCUGAACUCAAUUGGUGGAUUGGUGCCUCUUCUUGGUUACUUAAAGAACUCCCAUGCUAACAUUAGAGCCAAAGCGGCAGAAGUCGUAAGUACAAUUGUUCAGAACAACCCGAGGAGCCAACAACUGGUAAUGGAAGCUAAUGGCCUAGAACCUCUUUUGUCAAAUUUCACCUCAGAUCCUGAUGUUACUGCCCGCACUAAAGCUCUUGGUGCAAUUUCAUCUUUAAUCAGGCACAACAAGCCUGCCAUUGCUGCAUUUCGUCUUGCAAAUGGUUAUGCAGCUUUAAGAGAUGCUUUGAGUUCUGAGAGUGUGAGGUUUCAAAGGAAAGCCCUUAACUUGAUCCAUUAUUUACUGCAUGAGAAUCGUUCAGACUGCAAUGUAGUGACUGAGCUAGGAUUUCCUCGAGUUUUGAUGCAUCUAGCCUCUAGUGACGAUGGAGAAGUGCGAGAGGGUGCCCUACGAGGACUUCUUGAUCUUGCCCAAGACAGGACAGGACAGGUAGAUGGCUCCUCAUCAAUUGAAGAAGACGAGAAACUCAAGCAAAUACUCCAGGAGCGAAUCAAUGGGAUUUCCUCUAUGUCAACUGAGGAUCUUGGUGCUGCUAAAGAAGAGAGGCAGCUGGUAGAUUCACUCUGGAAUACCUGCUACAAUGAGCCUUCUGCUCUUAGAGAGAAAGGCCUAGUUGUUCUCCCUGGAGAGGAUGCAUUACCACCCGAUGUUGCUAGUAAGCAUUUCGAACCACCUCUGAGAGCUUGGGCGGCGAAUAGGAAUGAGGAUACUAAACCAAGUAAUGAAAAGAAACAGGCUCCCUUAUUGCUAGGCCUUGGUCCACCUACACAGGAUCCUCCUGCGCAGAGUAGCUCUAGUGAAGCCACGUCUGAGGAACAAAAUAGAGACACCUCUACAUGAUGUACAUGUUAAGGCAAUACCAUGUUCUUUGGCUUAAUAUAUCUUUGUGAUAUUACAAAUAACAUUCUGCGUUAAAUGCCUAGUAUUUUCUGGAUAAUUUAUAACCUUUCCUCGCCGUCAUGUCACCAUUCCAAUUUUUCUUCUUUUUCUUGUUUAACUGAAAUCUUCAUGUGAUGCUGUAUUUUUUGGUUAUAUAGUA